AUGGAGGAGAGAGAGCCAGGCCCCUGUUGGAGGUACAGUGUGGGUGAGAAGCAGCAGAUGCAGACUGCUGCAAGUAAAGAGAGAAUCUCUGGUCAUGAUUUCCUUGUUGGACAUGUUUACAGGGGUGUGGAGACAUUGGGAAAGGAACUUUUUAUGUAUUUUGAUCAGAAAGCUUUGAGGAUUCACUUUGGUAUGAAUGGUUCCAUGCACAUUAAUCCUGAUGGAAGCAAAGACAGAAAUGGAGCACAACCAGUUUUGGAGAUACAGUUUAUGGAGGAGACUGUUUGUUUUUGGGAUGUGACAGUAGAGUAUAGAAAUGCAGCUGAGUGUGAGCAGAAAGUGAGGAUGAUGGAAAGUUUGGAUGUCUGUUCUCCAAAGUUUAGCUUCUCGAGAGCAGAACAUGAGAUUAAGCAGCAGAAAGCCCGAAUGUUGUGUCAUGUGUUACUGGAUCAAGCAGUAUUACCUGGAGUGGGAAAUAUCAUAAAAAAUGAAGCACUGUUUGAUAGUGGCCUUCAUCCAGCUCUUAAGGUUUGCCAACUGACAGAUGAGCAUAUACGUCACUUGGUGAAAAUGACACGUGAUUUUACCCUGCUUUUUUAUAAGUGCCGCAAAACUGGGUCUCCGCUCUACAAACACUACAAAGUGUACAAGCGCCCAGCCUGCAGCGAGUGCAGUGGCAGCAUCACCGUGUGUCGUUUGGGAGACCAUGACAGGAUGACUUACUUCUGCUCUCGAUGUCAAAAGGCAGAUCCUAAGCUUGUCAAUCUUAGCAAACUGCCAGCUAGAAACAGCCUAAUUGGCUGGGCAUGUGGCAGGGGGUCAUGUUCUAAUGAACAGGUAGCUCGGAAAUCUGAAGAGGAGUGGACAUGUAUGCAAUGCACCCUAAUAAACAAGCCUUCUGCUGAAAUUUGUGAUGCCUGUUUGACUUCAAGACCUGAAGUUCCAAAGAUGGAAAGUUCUGAAGAUUCUGCAGCCUUUAACACAAACCUAAUGAAGUACCCUUGUAAUGAAUUCAGAAAACCAAGCACAGAAAUAAAGAUCAAUAGGAAAACUGCAUUUGGAACUACAACUCUUGUCUUAACAGAUCUUGGUAACAAAACUGUUUUGAGAAAUGAUCCCCAGGGAUCUGAUGGACGGUCUCAGUGUGUUGUUCCUACAAGCAAUUGUAAACAGAUCCAAAGCAAUGCCUGCCAGUCAGGGGGAAGCACAGAAGAGGAAUGCUCAACACAUGUAACUGCUCUGGCUUUGUCCUCCUGUCAGCAACCUAUCACUUUCAAACACAUACAGAAGAAACAGAAAACUGAUCAUGUACCUUUGGUUCACCCACAUAAUAUACCAAUCAGCACACCUCGAACUAAUGUGACAGAUGAUACUCAGAUGUUGAGCAUGGGGCAUCCUCGGUGCAGUAAGCACAGCCGUCUCUGCAGCCUCAGAGUUGUGAGAAAGGAUGGAGAAAACAAGGGAAGGCAGUUUUACUGCUGCCCUCUCCCCAGGGAAACUCGGUGUGACUACUUUCAAUGGGCUGACUUGGAUUUUCCAUUUUGUAACCAUGGCAAGCGAUCUGUUAUGAAGACUGUGUUGAAGAUUGGUCCCAAUAAUGGAAAGAACUUUUUUGUGUGCCCUCUUGGGAAGGAAAAACAGUGUGGCUUCUUCCAAUGGGCAGCAAAUGGGCCAGGUAUGCAGAUUUUUCCAUGAUGCUCAUGUUACAGUUACCUGUUCUGCAGGAUGUCUUAAGUGCACACAACAUUUGUAGUAAUUUGCCUUUUUCCCUGUUCACUCGUUAACUAGUAAAAGAGCUACAAUGUAAAGAAUAGAUCUAGAAAGAGUAAUUUUACAUAGUCCUAUAAAAUUUAAACA